CGCUGCUCCGGUGCUGAGGCAGGAGGCAGAGCAGGGACUGCCGGCAGCUCCAUCAUCCGUCCUGCUCCUCCGAGUCUUCCAAGACCUCCUUGCUCCUUGUGACCUCGCCCUGUCAUCAUCUUGUUCAUGCAACUACCAAACAUCAACCUGGGUCAGAAAAUACCGAGCACCUCAACCUGUUCCUCUCUCCAGCAAUACUCACCUCAUCUGGAUCACCUUUCCUCUUCCACUGAAAACUUAAGGCCCCAUUCUCUCCCUCCUCUCCAACACAAGCUACAAAACAACCACAACUUCUGUCUCUGUCUCCAUAAGGACACAGCCAUAAAGCACCAUGGGGGGCGUUGCGGUGGAUGUCAGUUCAACAGGUGUGAAGGCACCAGAUGGAGGUUGGGGCUGGGCGGUGCUAGCCGGAUGUUUUGUCAUCACGGGCUUCUCCUACGCGUUCCCUAAAGCUGUUAGCGUCUUUUUCAAAGAGCUGAUCCGGGAGUUUGAUGUUGGCUACAGUGACACAGCCUGGAUCUCUUCUAUACUGCUGGCCAUGCUUUACGGCUCAGGUCCUCUGUGCAGCGUGCUCGUGAACCGCUUUGGCUGCCGCCCAGUGAUGAUGGUGGGAGGUUUGUUUGCAUCUUCUGGAAUGAUCCUGGCAUCCUUCUCCACCAGCAUCAUCCACAUCUAUCUCUCUACUGGAGUCAUUACAGGUCUGGGAUUAGCCCUGAACUUCCAACCAUCUCUAAUUAUGUUGAACCGCUACUUCAGUGAGAAGCGUCCUCUGGCCAAUGGGCUUUCAGCAGCUGGCAGCCCUGUGGCCCUGUGCUGCCUGUCCCCCUUGGGCCAAGUUCUUCAGUACCAGUAUGGAUGGAGGGGAGGCUUCCUCAUUCUUGGAGGUAUUUUGUUGAACUGCUGCGUUUGUGGGGCCCUCAUGAAGCCUCUGGUCCCUCCCAAGUCUCUCCAGAGCAAGGAGCUGGGACAGGAUGAUAACAAUGAACCAGAGGCAGAAGGAAACAAGAAGAAGGCUAAACCCAAACUGUUGGACUUCUCUGUGUUCAAAGACCGUGGCUUCCUUAUAUACACCGUGGCAGCGUCCAUCAUGGUGCUGGGCUUGUUUGUGCCCCCAGUAUUUGUUGUGAGCUACGCUAAAGAGCUGGGAAAUGAAGAUACCAAGUCUGCCCUGUUGCUCACCAUCCUGGGUUUCGUUGAUAUGUUUGCCAGGCCCACGUGCGGCGUGAUCGCCGGACUGAAAUGGGUCCGACCUCGAUGUGUUUACUUUUUCAGCUUUGCAAUGAUCUUUAAUGGAAUCGCUGACAUAAUUGGCUCACAGUCUAAGGAUUACCCAUCUCUGGUGGCUUUCUGCAUUUUCUUUGGCAUCUCUUAUGGCAUGGUGGGUGCAUUGCAGUUUGAGGUUCUGAUGGCAAUAGUUGGUACUGAAAAGUUUUCCAGUGCCAUUGGACUUGUCCUGCUCAUGGAGGCUAUUGCUGUGCUGGUUGGACCACCGGGAGCAGGGCGGCUGCUUGACGCCACCAAGAACUACAUGUACGUCUUCCUGCUGGCGGGAUGUGAAGUGGUGGUCUCAGCUGUGGUUCUGGCUACCUGCAACUUCCUGUUUAUCAAACGGAAGCCCUCUGUGGAGGCAAACAAACUGGAGAGCAUCACAGCAACAGAUGACUGGUCUGAGAAUGUGUGCAGCAAAGGUGCAGAUGUUGACGAGAAAGGGGCUAGAGAGGAACAAGAGAAAGCAGCAAAUGAGGAGGAGGACAAAAACAGGGAGAAAAUGGUUGAGUACAGGCCAAAGAGUAUAACUGUGGACUCACAGGAAGUGGAGAGGUUCCUGAAAGAGCCUCAGCAGAACGGCAGCAUGGCUGCAUGUCCUGAAACAUGCCUAUAG